AGCUCUCGCGGCUGUGCCGUUUGGACGACGAUUUUCUCCGUCCGUACACCGAAUCCGGCGUCGUUUUGGUAGCCCAAGAGAGCGAAGUUCUGGUCACUCUCCCUCAGGUUCUUCGACAAGUCAAGCUCUGGACUCUGAAAAUGUAGUGGCGAUAGGAUUGGAUUGUAAGAGUGAUUGUAUGUGUCCGACUAAAAUCGUAACUCACUUGAUGGUUUUGCUGACAGUGGAGGGUCAAUAUGUCAAGCAUCUGGCAUGCAAUGUUGUUGUUGCUGUGUCGGAAUUCCUUGUUACAACUUCUCUGACUAGGACAAAUGUAAUUAUAGAUGGGAUUUUACUGGGUUUUGUGUUUCAUUUGUUAGUUCUAUGUGUUUUUUAGGGGGAGCAACUGGGAAGGCUUUAUCCGUUUGUUGUGUGUUUGUAUGAAUUUGGCUAUCACUGUGGCAGUGUCUUGUUCUUCAUCAUGUUCUGUGGAUGGAGCUGAUGAUCUUCAUUCUGGUUCGUCGAGGUUGAUUCUUGUGUUAAAGCCUAAGCUGGAAAAUGCUGACUGGUCUAUCACGGCUGGUGUAGUUUGGGUUUUAUGUGAUAUAAGGAAAUAUUUGAAGUCAGAAGACGAUGAUGAACUUGUUGAGGUAUUCUUUGAUUCUAUCAAUUCCGUUCUUUCAACUGUGCCUUGGAAUUUACUAGAUGAGAUUCAUGUUGGUGCAAAGCCUGAUGCUCAGAAAGGGUCCAGAGCAGAUGCUUUGUUUCAAAGAUCCUUGUUUCUAGGAAAUUUGAUUCAGUUUCUCCGUUCCAUGGUUGAGCAAAGUGGUUCUGCGAAAGCUUCAGGUGGAUCUACAGACAAACAUCACCCAGUUUUUUCUACAUUCAUCACCCUUGUUCCGCAGCUUUUAUGUUGGUGCCUUGGUGAGCAAGCACAUUGCAGUAAUUUCAACAAGUGCAUCUCUCAAUACUUUAGACACAAGUUAUUGAUGCUUAUGAUCAGGCUCAUUUUCCAAACCUACCCUCAGCAGUCGGUUCUUGUUUCAUGGUUGCAACUUGUCCAUGAUUACUUUGGAGAGCUUCUGAGGCAACCCAUUACUCCUCUAGAAUAUCAGGAUGAUUGCCUAGAAGGGUCUCCAUUUCUAUCCAAUGUUUCUGAUGCAGAAGUAAACAGUCUGUCUUCCCGCCAUCUGCAAAGACAGGCUAUUUUCCUCUUUCUGAGGUGUUCUUUUGGUUUGAUUAGCUCAAAAGAAGGAACUAACAACAAAUGUGCUUGUGUUAUUUGGAACUUACGCUUGAUGUGUGACUCAAAAACAGAGCUGGAUUGUUGUGGAAGAAAGAAAGGUCUAUUGGAGCUUUAUAUUUCUGCUUCAAGGGCAUCUUCCAACUGAUAUGUUAGUGGACCAUGAAAUGUAUUUUGAAAAAUGUGUGACUUUGCUAAAUCAUUCCUCCAACUAUACAUUAAAGAGGAUGAUGUAUUAUUCAAAGUUCUCCUGCAAUUGCUCUCUGUCCUUUUUGUGCCGAAGAAUGGUUGGAAAAGGAAAAGGGAGCAUUUCAGGAUUCAGAGGGCAAUACGUUUUUUCAUGUCUUAUAUUUUCAAUCCUGUGCUCUUAUUCCAUCUAUUUCUGUUAGAGGCAAGAUGCUCAUUAUUUGAUAUUUAUAUAGCCACCCAUUUCUACCUUGGCAUGUUUCUAUUUUUUAAUUUCAGGUCAGUGGUCUUGGUGGGGAGGGGGGAAAGGAAUCCUUGACGAUAUGACAGUUUGCGUCUUUUCAAUUUUGCAGUUGAGGUGCUUGCGUAAAGUGUUCAAUUCAUGAAGCUUAUUUGUGGAGUUUUCAGUGGGUCGACAUGCUACAAAUCGAUCAUCUAAGAGAAGAAAAGUUGCAUCGGAUGUCUGGAGUUGCAAGAGCACUCAAAGUGGAGGAAAGUAUUUUAAAGAAGCCAAAGGGUGCCUACUUUCAUUGAAAAAUUCGAUUGAAAAUCUACACCGAAAGGAUCUCUUUCCUUACAAUCCUAAUGUUCUUCUGAACCGCUUAACGCGAUUUCAGGAACUCUGUUUUGAGGAAAAGAAGUAAACUUCUAACUUCUAAAGGACUGAGUGGUUCGAGCUCUUCACGAUUCUUUCCAGCAUAUAUAAAGAUGUUUUUCGAAGAAGUGAAUGAGUAGAAGAAAAAACCUUGUAAUUGAGGUAAUUUAGAUUUGUUGUACAUAGAUGCUCAUUUCUCAAAAUUUCCCCUAACAGGGAGAGAAGCAAAGAAGUUUAAUUUGUAGAAACAAUUAUACACGAAAUCCGAGUGACUUGUGCGCUCUGUGUUA